AUGGUGGCCGGGGGCGUGCAGAGCGUGGAGGACGGGGGGCUCUACGCCACCCAUCCCUCCUACUACCCUCAGUUCUACUCCACGCUCCUCCCGCCCGCGCCGCCUGGAUCUUACUCCUCCUCUAACUACUCCUCCUCCACCUACUCGUCCUCGGGACAGUCCUCAGACUGUUCCUGGCUGAGGCUGGAGGGCGUGGAGGGGGUGUGUGUACCUUCUCCUCCCGGCCGCGCGCGUCACCCCAGAUGCACCUGCCCGUCCCCUGAGUCUCUGCGGCAAGCACGGAAAGCUUUAGCGGCACGGAGGGUUCGUGCCUCUCGGGACCCUCGAUGUACGUGCCCUAGCCCUACUGGUAGCCGUGAUGCCAGCCCUUGGAGCGGCACGUCCCCUUCGCCCCCCUCUACCCCCGCCACCGCCUCCCCCCCGCCUCGUCACCCUCGCUGCACGUGUCCAGACCCUGACAUCUCCAGAAAGCUGACGUCAACACGCCGGGCUCGGUCUGCCAGGGACCUACGGUGCACGUGCCCCACCUCCACCACACCCCCCACCUCCACCACACCCCCGCCCACCAAGGAACCCAAGUGCACGUGCCCACCACACCUCCAGCAGCAGCCACAGGAGCAGCAGUCGAGGAGGUCGUCCAAGGGGAGGCUGGUACACGCCGUGCUGCUCAACUACCCUGGCAGCACGGCCAUCAGCACCGACCACGGCGACUUCGUGCGGCUCUCAGACUCCCCAGCCAAGAUCGUGGAGAAUCAGCGGCUUCUCAAGACUCGCGGGAAGGACAAGAAAGGCAAGAGCAACGAGAAGGACAGAGGGACGAAGAGUGAGGAUGAGGAGGAGGAGAGUGAGGGAGGCGACAAGGGUGGAGGGACAGAAGACUCCUCCUCACAGCCCUCCUCCCCGGCCCGUCGCGUCAAGGAUAAGUUGUGCCACCUGCGACACAAGGUGGUGAGUGGUGUGGCCGCCCUCACCGCCGUCCGGGGACACCACGCCCACAACAAGGAGAACGAGACGCGCACGUGUCACUGUGACGCUGCUGGAGAAACCAGGAUGCGAGGCCGCAUGCCCGGGGUCGUCACAAGAAUACUUCCCCCACCGGCGCCUUCUGAAGGAGACGCAACACCCCAACAAAAAGCUGAGGCUAAACCUGGUGCUGAAGACUCGCCGGGGAGUGAUGGCACCUUCCCUCUGGAGGAUCUACCUCAGCCAAUUAUCGAGGACUUGUGUUCACCUUUGGGUGAAGUGCCUCCCCUCAGCCCCCCGGAGCGGAUGUGCACGCCCGUCAUCCGCGAGAACCUGCUACACCACCCCUUAACACGACACAUGCUCAACCUGGGCAGCGACGCCACCCUCGCCUCCUCCAGCAGUACUCCUACCAAGGCAGCUGAUAAAGGCACUGCCUCGGCGGAGGAGGAUGAAUCUGGCGUGUUAGUGAGGAACCUGCGGGUCCUACAGAAGCUGAGUGCCUCACACGGACACCUGAAUGCUGACGAUGAUGGCUCCCUCAGCAGGACCAGGUCCCUGGAGCUGUACGUGAAGGAUCUGGCGGUGCGGACGGCCAGGCAGCCGCCGCCCUCUCUGGGUGGGUCAGUCCUCCACCUCAGUGCCGCCCAAAAUGCCGAUAAGCAGCGGUGGACCAAAAAGAUCUUACCACAGUCGCCACCCCCCGGCAGGAGGCAGACUAGAGACAGUGGUUUACACUUCUCGACGCCGUGCAUCAGUACCGGGGGCGGCACCUGCUUCUCCACCACACUCAACACUAAAGUCAGUGACUCGAGCUCCGUCGAGGAGCUGGCCGAGGUAGAAACUGGCCCAGACUACGAGAACGUGGCCUUCCAUAACUCAGGUGGUUACGUGAUGCUGAGCAAGAGACUACUGGACCAGUGGCAGCUCUCCUACGAGGCCUGCCUCCCCCCUGACCAAACCUUUAUAGAUAACGCGGGAGGGGCGAGUGUAGAGACUGCGAUCCCACCAGUGACUGUGGCAGAUAUCUGCCAAACACACGUACCCUUUGCCCAUACGCCAGGAUUAUCCACCAGUCUCUCGCGCUCUUCCAACUGGCUCCUACCCUCCUCCACCUUGCCGCCUCCCACCACCCACGCGCCUUCAGUUCUUUACACCAGCACCCUGCCCUCCGCUUCACCUAUUCUGUCCACGUCCCCGCGCCCGUCCUCGCCCCUGCCCACCCCCGCCACAACGCUGCACGGCCUGGCGACGCAGCACGUGGGCGGCCUGAUGGACGCGAUGGAACACUCCCCCAGGAGACCCAAACUGGACCAGAAGCCCCAAGAGAAGCGAGUUGACACCCUGAGGAAGAAGAAGAAGGAGGACAUCUGGCUGUUGAGAAGCCACCUGCCGCAGAGAACGCUACACCUGCGACGACACAGUGACGUCGCCACCACACACUUCAGACCCAGAGGUGAGUGGCGGAGACGACUUCACAACCAUACAG